UCACCACCUGCCAGUGUCCAGACCGCGUUUAGGACUCGCGGAUCUUGUCUUCUACACUGACUGAAUCCCCCCUCUGAGGGCAACAACAUGAUGAUCCUCACAGCAUCAGUGCUGCUUCUGCAGCUGUUUGGCUCACUGGCAUACAAAGACCCACACUGUGCUGGGGGCAGAGACGGCGUGGUACAUCUCUUUGAGUGGAAAUGGAACGACAUUGCUGCAGAGUGCAAGCGAUUCCUGGGACCUUAUGGCUUCUGUGCUGUACAGACUUCGCCUGCAAACGAGAACAGAGUUGUAACUUCACCAAACCGACCAUGGUGGGAGAGGUAUCAGCCAAUCAGCUACAAGAUCGCCACUCGCAGUGGAACCGAGGAUGAGUUCCGGAACAUGGUGAAGACAUGCGCAGACAGUGGUGUGAGGAUCUACGUGGAUGUGGUCAUCAACCACAUGUGUGGAGGUGGUGGUACCGGCUCCGGUACGGGAGGUUCCCACUACGAUGCCAAUACAUUGAACUUCCCUGCAGUGCCUUAUGGAAGCAGUGACUUCAACGACGGCUCCAACUGCCACUCAUCCGACGGUAAUAUCCACAACUACAACAAUGCAGAGGAAGUGAGAAACUGCCGUUUGGUCAACCUGCUUGACCUCCGCUUGGGCAAGGACUACGUCCGCGGGAAAGUGGCUGGCUACCUGAACCAUCUCAUUGACCUGGGUGUCGCUGGAUUCAGAGUGGACGCCGCCAAACACAUGUGGCCCGGUGAUAUCAAGGCCAUUCUGGGCAAGGUCAAGAAUGUCCAACAAGGCGGUCGUCCGUUCGUGUACCAUGAGGUCAUUGACAUGGGCGGCGAAGUCAUCAAAGCAUCAGAAUACCUGGAUGUGGGCCGUAUCACCAACUUCAAAUUCGGAAAGGAGGUCGCCCGUUUGUUCCAACAUCAGAACCCACUGAAGUACUUGGGCACCUGGGGAGCAUCCUGGGGCAUGUGGGCCACAGGAGACGUGGUCAACUUUGUGGACAACCACGACAACCAAAGAGGUCAUGGGGGAGGCGGCAAUGUCCUCACCCACUGGAACUCCAGACCCUACAAGCUGGCAACAGCCUUUAUGUUGGCCCAUCCUUACGGCUUCCCCCGCAUCAUGAGCAGCUACGAAUAUAACCGCGCCAAUGACUGGGAGGGUCCACCCCACCACGGAGAUAUGAGCACCAAGAGCGUGCCCAUCAACGGCAUGGACUGUGGUGAUGGCUGGACAUGCGAGCACAGAUGGCGACAGAUCUACAACAUGGUAGCCUUCCGUAACAUGGCAAGCGGCAAACCCGUGAGCAACUGGUGGACAGGGGCCGACUAUCAGAUCGCCUUCUCCAGGGGAGACCGUGCCUUUAUCGCCUUCAAUCUGGAAGGUUAUGACCUCGACAAGACCCUGCAGACCGGCCUAUCCGGUGGUACCUAUUGUGACGUCAUUACUGGCAACCUGGAGAACGGCAAGUGUACUGGUGGGUCAGUGACGGUCGGUGGAGACGGAAAGGCCAGAAUCCACAUCAGUCACAGCAGCCGCGACCCCAUGCUCGCCCUACACGUUG